AUGCCGCACGAGGAACCACUGCCGUUCUGGCUUGUCAACGUACCGCGCGAUCAAUGGCCCGCGGAAUGCCCCGACUUUCUCAAGGAGCUCGGAGACAAGGACCGUCGCAUCAUUGGGACGCCUGACUCCGAGUACAAGAAGCUGACCUGGGACGAGGUCAAGCACUUGAUCGGUAUCGACCGGGUGGAUCUUUUCCACCGUGUGCCUUCUGAGCUCAGGCGGUAUCGGCAGUUCACGCACCGAUUAGUGAAAGAGUAUGGAAGCAUUAUGAAUUUCAUCGUCAACGAGCGGCUGCAGUGGAAGAGCAUGAGCCCACGAGGGCGGGCGUUCGAGUGCGACGAGGACAUCAAGAUCCUGUACAAUGACUGGCCAUACGGUAUCGACGACAAGAUCGUGCACCUGGUCAUCUGGACCAAGUUCGAGCUCGAAGACGACCCGGAGACGGGCUUGUCGACGCCCGAGUCUCACCGCGAGAUCGACGCAUAUGUGCAAAAGACGUUCGGAAGCAGGCUCAAGCCUGCGAAUUUUGCGUGGUUCAAGAACUGGAAGAGCCUAAAGAGUGUGCACGCCGUCGAGCACUUCCACGUCAUGCUGUAUGACCCGGACCCGGUGUUCAUGAAAGAAAUCACGAACAACGACGUGCCAAUGACCGCGAAGUUUCCAUGA